AUGAUGGACAAAGGCACGCGCUUGGGGACAGUGCUCAGACUGGUCUUCCUUUUCUCGGGCUUCUGCCUCAUCUGCCUGGGGGCUUACGUCAAGUCUCUGGAUCCCGGCAGCGAUUCCUCAGUGAAGGCCAUCAUUGCGUACCUGCUCGUAACGUGUGGAUUCCUACUGCUUCUGAUAGGCGCCUUCUGGUCCAUCAUCCAUGGCCUGAAGACCAACCUGUACAGGCGGGGAGGAAGCAGGAGACCAAGCAGCCAGGUGUAUGUCUACACAGUGGACAGGCCAAACUUUUACCCUCCUUCGUAUGAGGAGUCACAGUCCAGAUCCCACACGGUCAUCCCCAUCGACCAGGCAUAUUUGAGCAUGGCCCCUCCACUGUACACCCUCACCUGCUCGGAGGUGGUCAACGAGGACUUCAGUCACGAGCUGCCCCCGUCCUACCAGCAGGCUUUCAGCCAGAACCUUCCGGUCUCAGACCAGCUGUCCCUGGAGGCCCGGCCUCACCUACACAACGACGACAACAGCACAGCGCACCAAUAA